AUGGAAAAAAAGGCAUUCGCCAGUGAAAUUCCACCUGCACCGGUCAGUCACGCAGAGGAACAAUCAGAGGAGGAAUCUUCAUCGGCGACCGCGCCGUCGGAGACCUCGGUGCCAGAUUCGGCGGAGCUCGACGCUGUCGCCGCCUAUUACGACUCCGACCCUGAGGAGCGUAAGAAAAGGAUCAGCCAUGAAGAGACAACCCAUGAAAGGAGUGGCGAAAUGGAGAGAACACCUACUGUGGGGACCGUUCGUCAAGAAAGGGUUAGGGAAGAAAUAGAUCUGAACGAAUCGGCACAGAAGCGCAGCCUUAUGACCGAUACGGAGUUUGAGUCAAUCGUGGAAGAGGUAAACCGCAGAGAAGAUACUGCUUUGAUGGCUGAGGGUCUAGACCUCGCAUCAAGGUCAGUAGGAGGGGUUGAGAAAGCCGUUACAGGAACCACACAGGAAGGUCAUACUUCCCAGUCAGUAGAAGGGAAUGAGGAAGUACAAGAAGAAGAGAAAGAGCCAGAACCAGUAGAUCCCCGAGUGGAAGUAGGGGGUGGUAGAAUGCAGGUAGGAGAGGAGGAACCAGCUGCAGAAAUCCCAGAGCCAGAACCAGAGGCGCCUCCAGUAGUGAAGCCCAAGCCCAUAAAGCGGAGCUUAAUAUUGAAGGCUGAUCCUAAGGCAGACCGGCCUAAACCGCAGAGGGUUUCGCAGAGAUGCUUGGAAAAGUCAAUAGGCCACAGGGAGACCGGUCCUACUACCCAGGAUCCAUUUUUAUCACAAGCUGAGAAAGAACCCGAAGAAGAAAAAGACGAAGUUGACAGAGAGGAAGUGAGAUACAGUGAAGAGAGAAAACGAAAGGGGAAGGCCCCUAUGAAGAAGAAGCCUAGCACCAAGAAACCGCGUCUCGGGAACACUGGCAUAGUGAUCACUGAGGCUGCUCAGAGGACCCCAUCCAGCCGACGAGAGCAGAGUGAUAGUGAGUAUGAGAUCAGUGAGGAAUCUGAAUCGACCAGUGAUACGUCCAUGGAGGAUGAGGAGUACAAGGAACAGAAACUUCCGAACGAUCAUCAGGAGUUAUUACAUCCGCCCGCAGAGAGACUCCGAUAUAAGCACUGGACAGAUCAGGAGCAGAGACAAGAAAUGAUGGAGAAAGCGAUGGAAGAACUGAGAGAAGAAAAUCAACAGUUGAAAGCGGAGGUGAUGCGAUUGGCAUCAGUGGUGGAACAAAUGUUGAAAGGGGCUGCAGAGCAGAAGUUAUUGGCUCAGAGGCAGGCCUCGAUGGAGGUGAUAGUGACAGAUUUGAAAAAGGAGAACUACAAGAUGCAGCAAUCAAUGAACAGGAUGUUAUCCAAUAUCGAUAGCAUCCUAGAAGAGAAUACUAACCAGAGGAAGGAACAAGUUGUUGAACCAAGUGGCCAUGGAGGCCGAGCUGAUGAACCGCAAGUACCUGAGACAGAAGAAAAGGAGACCGAUGUGCCGGCGCAUGCUGAGGAGCCGGCGGACUUUGACGAGAACCAAGCUGGAACUGAAAAGGAACCACCUGCACCGCCUACGCCGUGA